AGAGAGAGAGAGAGAGAGAGAGAGAGAGAGAGAGAGAGAGAGAGAGAGAGAGAGAGAGAGAGAGAGAGAGAGAGAGAGAGAGAGAGAGGUUUGUUGAGGCCUGAUGGCGUGUGAAAUUAUUGAAGCCUGCAAGUUGCUUUCCUCGCCAGCAGGAGGAAGUGGUCGGGAGGCUGCGGCGGCCCUUAUCUUUAGUAAACCUACAAAUGAUAUCCUUACUUGGGUCAACGAGAGAGCGACAGCUGGCAGCAACGAGUUAUUGGAGUACUUGAGGUCUCUCUUCCUUGCCCUCAGUCCAUCGGCUUCACUUGAUGAUAGUACUAAUUAUUUGCAACAAGGCAGCAGCAGCGGCGGCGGUAGCGGUGGCAACAGCUCCCAACUGGUGAUGAGAAAGAAGGCAGACAGGCUGUUAUCUCUCGUGGUCAAGAGAGUUCUUUCCCUCUUCUAUUCUGGGCGACUCCAGCCUGGCAAGAAGACCGCCGAGUCUAUUGCCUUUCUGGUUCAGCAAACAGAUAAACUUUCUAUCCAUUGUUUGCCAGAGAUAGUUCACACGAUAGUUCUGCGACGCUUCGGAGAGAAUUCUAAUCGAAGUAGUUCCGCCACCACGACGAGGGACCUCCCACCCCCUUUGGGUGCUUUUGACACGUGUCGACAUCACGAUGACCUGCAAUUCAUUCCUCAAUGCUUGGGGUUGAUUGCCAAUCAUAGUUCAAUUGUACGGAUCAGGAGGGAUUGGAGAGAUAGACGGCCCUGUGGAGAUGAUGACACGAGAAGAAUUGUGGAGGAGGAGGAGGAGGAGGGGGAGGAGGGAGAAACUUGGGAGGAGAUGGAGGUAUGCAGAUACAGAGAUAUGAUUUUGGAAGUUAUUAUGAAAUCCAAGUGGCAGAGAUCGCUGGUAACGCCUGUGGCGGCGAUCAUUCGGCAGAUGGGACUCGGUAUUCGCCAGCUGGAGGCAGCCAUAGAUCGACUUCUGUGUGUACUGGAGGAGAGGGAGGUGGACGAUCUGCCUGGGCUGGUGCAGCAGCUGCUUCUGCUAGCGUCUAAAAGAUCAAAUCCAAUCAAGAAGUUGGUCUUGGGGGGGCUUCUCAAGAUUUUCAACAAAGCACAGAGGGGUAGUACUUUGGACCGACGAGAAGAACGCAGCUCCCAAUUUCCAUCAUCAGCAGCCGCAGCCGCGGAAUUGGGCAUGGAGGAUAAUGAGCCGAGCGCCUCACGGGGAGGAGGCGGGGGUGGGAUGAUGCCACCUCCGCCAAUGCGGAAGAAGAGCGAUGGCGGGCUCCCCCCUCGGCCCGGUAACACUGCCAACUUGAAGUCCAAGAAUAACAACAAGGACGUCAACAAAAAAUCUUUGUCGACGACGCCACCUAUGUCGUCCGGUAGUACCCCAAUGGCCCCGAGCAUUUCGUUGCUCGAAGGGACGGUGCUUUCGCAGAUCAAUUUUGCAGUGAAACAAGACCCGGAAUCGGGACAGGAGUGGUUGGCUCUCUUGAGAAGCGAUAACCAGCAGCAGUUGUCCACAUUCAUGAUCUCCGUGCUCCUGUCCUUGGCUCGCAUCCAGCGUUUCGAGCAGUUGGCGAUGGACAUCUUGAAGAACACCAUUCUGAAGGCAUACCAGAAUGAACAGAUUAGCAGAAGUUCGUGGUGGAUGGCAGAGCUUCCUGGUAUAUCGGAGUUUGCAGACGCGGGGGCGAAGGUCCGGUCCUCGUUCCUGGAGAUCGUUCGGAGCGGUCUUGUGGCCUCCGGAUUAAGCCACGUGGUACAGAGUCUGAUCCGGUUUGGUUUCUCGCUGAUUGAAGCAGCUGGCUCGGGGAUAGGGUCAGGAGGAGGGAAGGCUGCUGCUGCUCCUGCCUCGGGCGACCGAUUUGCGAAUGGGCUUGUUGACGAGGAGGACGUGCCGCCGGGAUUGCACGUGGCUGCUCUAGGAGCAGAGAUGCUCGUCACCGCCUUUGGCGCACAUGAGAUUGCCAGGGAUGAGAUCAUAGACCAGUGCAGGUCUUGCCUUCUGACCAGCGGUGUGAGGGCAGAACACAGUCUGUUGCUGAUCAGCGUGCUGGCGCAGCUCGUGGAGAGCAGACCGUACCUGAUGCGGGAGCAGAUCCCGCGGCUCAAGGAGUCGCUGGAAUAUUUUCUGUUCCUUCCGCCCUUGGCUGCAUCCGCACUUCUCUGUGCUCUUCAGCCUUUGUUCCGCGUUGACUUUGACCUUCAGGACCAUGCUGUGUUCGCUCUGCGCAAGGCAAUGUUUAGCCGCGAGGUGACGUGCAGGCUUAGUGCGGUGUGCAGCUUGUUGGAUCUCAUGGUGGCAGAGAAGCAGGCCCGGUUGCUCGGUGGCGGCGGUGGCGGCGGAAAUUUCAGUGCUGUCAGUUCGAGCCAGAGCUCCAGUCAGUUGGGAUCUGCAGGCCAGCUUCUCUGCUCGCAGGGCGUCAUGCACGAAUUCAUGGGUUUCCUCCGUCGCUGCCUUUCGCAGCAAGCAUACGUUCGCGAAAAGGUGUAUGCGGGGCUGCCACAAAUACUUCUCGUUGAUCCGACGGCUUCGGAGGCAAUCUUUGAACUGCUGCUGCCUCAUUUUCAACGAUACUACCGGUCUGAACAAGAUGCGCGUCCACCGCUUCAUCUGGACAAAUGUGUCAUUGUCGUCCGAUCAAGCAAUUGCGUUGUCACGGAAGAACCGUUGGAUCAGCUGCUGCAUUGCUUGCUUCAGUUGCUUACCCUCCAGCCACCGGUCACCUCCCGGCCCAACCCGUUUCUCUGGACUGCUCCGAGUUUCAGUUUCACAGAGUCCCAGAUAGAUGCGUCGGAGACGGGGACUACCGCAGGAGAGCACCUGGAGUCGGACCUCAGGGAGUUAAGGAGGACCAUGCAGAAAUGCAACAGCGUUGUAGACCUUGGCCUCGCCGAGAUGGGAAUUGUGCCAGAUUCUUUCACAGAAGGACUUGAGAAGGAAAAGGCCCUUCAGCGGGCUGGCAUACUCUUGGGGGUGCUGGAGGUGCUGGUCGAUGCUGCAGUGUCAGACCUUACGAAGAACGCAGCAGGAAGCCAGGAACAGAGAGAGAUAGAGCGAGAGAUUGCUGCUUACCUUUCUCUCCAUGCAAGCAUUCGGCAGUUUGUGUCAUCGAAAAUAUUCUGCAAGGGAAGCGGAGGAAGAGGUGGGGGAGGGGGGCAAGGCACGGGGAGAGGACGAGGCAGCAAAGUAGGCGCGAGGGGUGCUGAGAGUGGUGGGACGGGUCUUGAACGAUCGAUUGGAAGUGGGAGUGGAGGUGGAGGAGGUGGAGGUGGAGGGGGAGGUGGUCUACUGCGUGAUUUCACUCUUGGAAAGCGGAAGCCAUUGGUGCGGAGCACAUCCUUGGUCAAACUGUUAGAAAUGGUCGAGGACAGCAAGUGGUGGGAUGGUGCAGAAGAAGAUGACCCUGCAGGAACACACCCUCCGCGGUCAACUGCGGGCCUGUCGAAGACUCUGCAGCAGUACCAGCAGCAGCUUCUCUCGACCUUUACAAUAAAUAGCACCCUCGGCCUUUUGAAAUGCGUUGCUCAGCAUGAGAAACAGAUGUCCAUGUUCAAACAGAGAGGUCUGCAAGUGGAAAGAGAGGAGGAGGAAGGGGGGGGAGGGGGUGUGGGGCUGGGAAUGUCUGUGACAGGAGGAGGUUCUGGUACUCGACUAGGAGGAAUAGCAACGGCAGGAGGAAGCACCGAAGUGGUGAGAGAUGGAUGGGUAGCCCUCGCGGGCCCUCUUUGGAGGUUGACGAGGACGCUGAUUGCAAAGGCGCCUCUACUUGCAAAAGGAGGGGGGGAAAAGGGAAGACCUGGGAGGAAGAAAAGUGCUGUUGCGGGACAAGGGAAGAAGGCAGGAGCUGCUGGCAGCAAUGGAAAGCAGGACACCGAGGAGGGCAUAGACAAUAACGGCACAUCAGGAGGACAAGCAAACGGGGUUUCUGUUCCCAAGGAAGUCGUGGAUAGCCCACUCCUUGUGACAAUCAAAUGCGUUAACGAGAUACUGAAGCUGGGAAUGCUAACCGGACGCUUGCGUAGCGUGCUGAAGAGUAUGGAUUACUGCAGUGGCAACGACGAGGAGCUAGAUGGCCCUGAAAGUGAGCACAGGAUGGGCAACGGUGCUGGGAAGAAGCAAGCACGAAGAGCCCCUGGCGGGUUGGAUUUACCACUCCGUGACUGUAUGUUGCACAUGCAAUCGCUCACACUCCAACUACUGGGUCACGGUCUCCACCAGGAGUGUGAAGUGAUUCUGAACUGCUUGGCACUCAUGGCCGCACGGGUUGAGAGAUCGCAACGUGAGCAGCAUGCUCAGUGGGCAAAGCAGACCUGCAAAGAACGCCAAGUCACGCAUCUCGGGACUGUGCGCCAGCUGAUGCGGCUGACAUUCUUUCUGACGAAACCACCUUGGGAUUUGGCACUUGCGCAGGAAAUGGCAGAAGAACUCGCUGCAGUCUUUGGGAAUGAAGAUGACGAGCCGUUGGACUUUUCCACUCGGUAUCCGAUCGUGAACAAGCUCACAAAAAAUGCGGUGGCGGGCGUGCUGCUGCACUAUUUGGGAGGGGUGGUGGACGAGGUGGAUUGGAUAAUGUCGAAGAUUAAGACAGGACUCUUGGAUGGCGAGAGAGAAGAAAGGGACCCUCCUCCGCUGAGCAGAGAGGCGGCGAAUGGUGUGAACAGGCGCAUGCAAGCAGAAGCUGCUGCACAUGGUCGAUUGAACUCGGCUGCAUGCAUCUUGUCACAGAUGUCUGAUCUGAGACUUGAAGGUGCAACGGCAGAACGGCUUCUGCAGGUUGCUGUGGGCACCUACAAAGUGGCCUCACUCGCAACACGGCUGUGCAUUGCUCCGCGAGGACAGACCCAAGCUCCUCCUAGCCGCAAGUUUCAGAAACUGGUCGAUGAUCUGUGCAGGGAUCUCACUCCACCGUUGUACAUUUUCAUGAAGGAGGAGCAAACGAGUCAAGAAGGGAAAGGAUCUGCCGCCAAGAUUCGCCGCGAGGGAAGACUUAUUCCUAACCUCAUAUUCCACAUCGAGGAAUUUGAACGUUUCCUCAUCCAGCUGAGCAAUCAAACGGGCGUUAAUCUUCUCAAGAACGCUAAGAGGAGCACCGCCAGAGACUUCAAAAUACUGGAACCAGCGAAGAAAGGUGUGGAGAAGAAAGAGGGGGCUAGGAGAGAAAAUGGAGGGAAAAGCGCCGGCGAUGGCUACUCUACGCAACCCCAGAACUCACGGGGCAACGGCCGCCGGCAGAAUCAUACUGUGGAAGGGGACAGAGUGCGACCAGAGGAUGCCACGGCCGAUGUCGAGCCUGAGGUAGUGGAGUUGGAUGAAGAAGAGGAUGAUAGAGAAGAAGAACAGGAAGAAGAGGAGAAUGCAGGGGGCGGGAGACUCAGUAAACGAGGUGCAAAUCGUCGGGGAAACACCAGAACCUCUGAUCAGGAGGAAGCUGAAUUGAGCGACCAACAAGUCGAGGACAGUGAAGCAGAGGAACAAGGAGAGGGCGAAUACGAGGAGGAAGAAGUGGCAGAAGAUGGGGUGGAGAUUGGAGAGGAGGAGGACGAAGAAGAAGUUGGUGGCAGCAGAGUUGUUCAGCGGAGUGGUGGACGUCCUGGAAAAGAUCGUGCCGCAAGUGAGCAGAGCUCUGGCAAGCGAAAAUUUGUGGUUGCAGAAUCGGACGAUGAUGAUGAGGAAGCUCCAGAAAGGAAACCCAUGAUGAAAAGGCGCCAUUUUCGCAAAUAUUAAGUCUUCUGGGCAGCUGUUUGUCUUGUGGUAUGAUUCUGUUUUCCUUCCGCUGUCUUUGCUUGUCUUCUCUUUUUUUUGCGUUUGAUCAGGAAAGGGGACAAACUUUUGGCACCUUUUGUUACACACAGGCGUAGGGCUCCCGGUCUGCUAUCCAGACCCGUCUUCACCUGAAUAGAACGCCCAGUCAUUGUUGCUGGAUGUAGACUGAAGGUUGCACCAAAUACAGAUAUAAUGACUGGGUGUUCUAUACGGGUGAAGAGGGUAGUUUGUGGCUGGUCUGAUUGAUUAACCCAGUUGGUUGUGCCCCGUGAACAUGGACUAUUGGCAUGUAGGGCUAAGCCCUUCGCCCCGGUACUCAGCACUGGAGAGACACUUGGGAAAGUGUUGCAAGACCUGAGGAGAGGAAGCACGCUGAAUUUGCGGUUGAUAUUUUCCACCUUUUUCCUCCCUUCCCCGCUUUCAGGUCAACUUAAAACACUAGUACCAACCCCCCUCCUCGGGAACUUGCGGCCAUAUACCGAGUACAAAAUGAAAGGCUCCACCUACC